AUGGCAGUCCAACUCUUCAGAAUACUCGAAGACAUUGUGACCCUCAUAGACAUUCGUUUUCUUGUGAUUUGGUGUCUCUUAGUGACCUCCCUGGCAGUGCUUUACCGUGCCUGGAAUGACCCAUUGUCUCGAGUCCCGGGUCCCUGGAUCUCGAGGUGGACAGGGAUACUUGACACAUUCUACUAUGUCCGAGGCUAUCGACACGAAUAUGUGCACAGUCUUCAUUUGAAAUAUGGUCCAAUCGUGCGGUACUCCCCCGGACACGUCGAUAUUUCGGAUAUCGGGGCCGUGAAUGUGAUCCACAGGCUUGAGAAGGGCUACCUGAAGGCGAAUUGGUACCUAUCGCUGGCGCCGCCCGGUGUAUGGACCCUCAUGAAUAUCACCGACCCAAAGAUGCACACCACAUGGCGACGUUUGCUUGGGGGACCCUUCCAAGACAGCUACCUGCAAAAGUUAGAGCCCGUAAUAUGGAAGAAGAUGGAUCUUGCUUUGGGGAAGAUGGAACAAGAACUGCAAACGCGUGGAUGCAUCGAUGUGUUGAAAUGGUGGAUCUACAUGGCCCUCGAUAUUGUCACCGAGAUCAGUUACGGGACCAGCGUGGACAUUCUGCGUGAGGAAGAGAAGAGGUACUAUAUCAUCGAGUAUCUGGAAGGACUCGGUCCCGUGCACGCGAUCCGAACCACCAUCCCCUCCGUCAUCAUGAUUGCAUCCCGGCUGCGGCUGCCGAUCUUCAACAAACUGCUCAACGCGGGCCCUCGAGCGGCGAUAUGGGCGCAAGAGACCAUCGAGGCAUAUAAGUUGUUGCUAUCGGAGAAGGACCCCAAGCCUACACUGUUCACGCCGUUGUUCAAUAAAGGGGACAAAGGAUUCAAGGAUGACCAGAUUGCGAACCUGGCCGGCUCAAACAUCACGGCUGGGAGCCAUACCACUGCCACUGUCAUGACGUAUGCGGUAUGGGCUAUCUGCAAGCAUCCAGAAGUCAGGGACAAGCUGGCUGCCGAGGUAUCAACACUGCCAGAGGGCUUCAAGCACAAUGAUGUGCGUGCCUUGCCCUACUUGAACCGUGUCAUCCGAGAAUCUGUACGUCUGUAUGCUGCAGUGCCAUCAGUUUUACCACGCGCGGUUCCCAGUGAGGGUGCACAGUUCCUGGGAUUCUUCAUACCUGGCGGUUCGGUUGUUUCAACGCAGUGUUAUAGUCUGCAUCGAGUCAAGGAAUACUUCAAUGACCCAUUAAAGUCUGGAUCCAGUUCGAUCCAGAUCGAUGGAUAUCUCCGACGAAGGACAUGGAGGAGGCGUAUAUGGGAUUUGGGGCCGGUACACGAUGUGAGAAAUCCUCAAUCAAAACGUUCGAUGGCGGAUUUUCUAACAACAAUUCGAUUAUUAGCAUGUGUCGGUAUAAAUCUGGCACAUACCGAGCUCAGGCUGGGACUGUCACAUUUCUUUCGCAAGUUUCCGACGGCUGUAGUUUCGGGGGACGAAGGAAUGACCGAUGGUGACAUGCGGCAGCGAGCGUGGGUUUUCAUGUCGCCAGUUGGUCACAGGUGCCUUGUAAAUGUCCCCUGA